AUGUCGGCAUCAACGGUGUCGAUCACCGCUAAUCCGGCGGCGGCUACUAGACGGACGCCGGUUCUUGCCGGAGAGAAGAAAUCCAACUUUGAUUACCCACCAAGCGAAUCGCUUGCGAACGGCGUCGCCGGUGAAGCCGGUGGUACGAGCAGGGAUCCGAUCCGCUCCGAGGCUCUCGUUGAUCGAUCUCACGGCCAAGACUUGGGUCCUGUGGCGAGGAGGUCGGGUUCCGCCGUGACGGGGACUAACACAACCGCCACGCAGCGCCGGACGCGGAAGGUAGCCACUCCUAAGCCUGAGAAAGCGCGAUGGAAGAGAGUGGUGAGGAUAUUCGCGAAGCAGCUUGCGGCUCUUCUGAUAAUCGUUGGAUUAAUCCAAGUGACGAGGAAAGCGAUUCUGAAAGUGACGCCUCCGUCCUCUCCGACUUCUUAUUCCUAUGAAACGGAGAUGGCGUUUUCGGGAUUAGAGAGCCGAAUUGCGGAAGUAGAUGGUCUUGUGAAGGCCACGACGAACACGAUGCAGGUUCAAGUUGAAUUACUUGAUAAGAAGAUGGAAAGGGAAGCGAAAGCACUGAGGCAAGAACUCGAGACCAAAACUUCUGCAUUCCAGAGUGAGCUGAAGAAGAUAGAAUCUAGGACUGACUCACUAGAGAAGUCAGUAGAAGAAGUAAAUGCUAAACCUUGGGCUUCGAGGGAUGAGUUAGAGAGGAUUUAUGAGGAAUUGAAGAAAGGUAAUGUGGAUGAUUCUGCGUUUAGCGAGGUUAGCAUCGAUGAAUUAAGGGCUUAUGCUCGGGACACCAUGGAGAAAGAGAUUGAAAAGCAUGCUGCAGAUGGCCUUGGCCGAGUAGACUAUGCAUUGGCGUCAGGUGGUGCUUUUGUGAUGCAGCACUCAGAUCCUUAUUUUGUUGGAAAAGGGAGUAACUGGUUUGCGACUAGCAGUCGACGUGCUCAUACCAAUGCACUCAAGAUGUUAUCUCCGAGUUUUGGGGAGCCUGGACAGUGUUUUGCUCUGAAAGGUAGCAGUGGCUACGUUCAAAUCAGGCUGAGAGGACCAAUCGUCCCAGAAGCUUUCACCUUGGAGCAUGUAGCUAAGAGCGUAGCAUACGACAGAUCGAGUGCUCCAAAAGAUUGUAGUGUAUCAGGAUGGCUGCAAGGAACAGGACAGGAAUCCCCAGUCGAGACAGAGAAGAUGCAACUUCUAUCAGAGUUCACUUAUGACCUAGACAGGUCGAACGCGCAGACAUUCAGCAUCUUAGACUCAUCACGCGCUGGUCUGGUCGAUACUAUCAGGCUAGACUUCACCUCCAACCACGGAAGUAACUCCCACACUUGCUUCUACCGGUUUAGGGUUCAUGGGCACCCAGUCUCUGUUGUGGAAACCCAGUCUUGA